GAUUAAUAUGAGAGGUCUUAUUAGCAGAGUCUGUAGAAGUUUGUCUAUCUGGACACAUUUAGGAGGAAGGCUGCUGGAAGGAAGAUCAAAACAAUUUUCUUCUCUUGUUUUCAGAUACUCUUUGAUCUCACCAUCAAGUCUUCAGUAUGCCCACUGAUGCCCAGACUGAUGCCCGCUCUUUCCUGAGUGAGGACAUGAUUGCUGAGUUCAAGGCUGCCUUCGACAUGUUCGACACUGAUGGUGGUGGUGAUAUCAGCACCAAGGAGUUGGGUACCGUCAUGAGGAUGUUGGGUCAGAACCCAACUAGAGAGGAGCUGGAUGCCAUCAUUGAAGAAGUAGAUGAAGAUGGCAGUGGAACUAUCGACUUUGAGGAGUUCUUGGUCAUGAUGGUGCAGCAGUUAAAGGAAGACCAGGCUGGCAAGAGCGAGGAGGAGCUAUCGGAAUGCUUCCGUGUCUUUGACAAGAACCAAGAUGGUUUCAUAGAUCGUGAGGAGUUUGGAAAUAUCAUGCAUGCCACUGGAGAGCCAGUGGCAGAGGAAGAUAUAGAUGAACUCAUGGCAGAUGCAGACACAAACAAAGAUGGAAAGAUUGAUUUUGAUGAGUUUCUGAAAAUGAUGGAGAAUGUCCAGUAAAAAAAAAAACAAAGAAUUAUAUAAAUUCAACCCACCCAAAGUGGGACUAAGCAGAGGACAACCCAUGCCAAAGCCUGCAUAAGAAAAGAGUAUUGAGGAGCACAACCCCCCAGUUUUAACAGUAAAAGUGGACUGGAAUUGGCUUUGAAAGACAGAGAAUAUGGUGGAUGAGUGUAGUCUCCUCGGCAAAGCCCCUCAGUGACUGUACUUUGAAUAUGUACAUAAAUAAUCGUCCAUAACUUUGAAGAGGAAGCAACAAACCCUAUACUCCCACCCACCAUGAUUUGCCCCCAGCUGUCCACAACUACACCUGCUCUCUCCCAAGACACUAUCCCAGCUUCUUUUAACCCUCUUCACUUCGUCCCCACCCAUGAAGUGUUUCAAAAUAACCCUGCAUUAUUAUUGUUCUCAGAAACAUUUGACAAUAUUGUGUUGUCAUGGCAAUAAGAAAUAUCCUCUUUUCUUUAGCUCACAUGUCAGCAGCAUAUACCUAUUAAAAUGAAAGAGCAUGAGGUUUUGGCCAAACUACUCAUUAUUUGUGCUAAUUUCAUUUGAUUUCUGUGAAAACUGAAGCUAAUUUAUUCAAUGCUUUAACAUGAUCAUUUAAGCUAUAGUAUUUUCACUUUCAUGCCUAAAGAAAGUUUGUUAUGAAUCAAAAUGUUACAAUUCUAGAAACUAUACCUGAGAUUUGUGUGAUCUUAUCACCCACCCUCGUGCCAUUCCAAGAUCAUGUCAUUACCCCCUCAUUCUGCCCCAUCCAUUUACCCCAUAUGUCGAAACCAAUUUGCAAUUUGCAAUUUGCUUGGCAAUCAAGAAUAGAUCCAUAAACGCAUGUUGAAGUUUGUAUUGAUUUUUUCUUCAGUUGGUCACUUGAGAUAUUUAUUUCCUCUCUUCAUACUUACUCUGCCUACUGAUGUAAACAACAUAAUAUUUAAAGUCUUCACAUAACCAUGCAAGGUCAUAAAAAUACCACUUUUGAUUCCUUAUGGCAACCUCUCAUGCCACAGCAGUAAAGGCAUGCAAGUUGCAUAUAUACUCUAUACAUAGUAUGUUGUUGUGGUGGAAACAAGGCACAAGCUUGAAUGUCCAAAUUGUCUUCUUAGCUGGAAAAUCAUGUGAUCCUUUUGACACCUCUUUGUCUUUAUAGAUGUAUCUCAUGCCAGUGCUGCAAAUACAAUUUCCACAGCUGCAAUGGUUAGAUGCCAUAAUAUUAAUUCAGUUCCAUCCUUUAGGAGGCAGUAUGAAAUCAUUCAGAUGGCAGGCAGUAAACCAGGACUUCUUUGUUCUUAUGGUACACAUCACCCCUCAAAUUUUUUGAAUCACCCCAUUUCUGCCUGAGGGUAUAUACAGCCCACAAUUCCCUCCUCCGGGUUCGCUCUGCAUCCUUCUCCUCCAAUCCACGUCUUUAUGAUUCUUCACUCAGGAAACACAUCCCAUACAAGGAGUGUCAGGUUUAGUGUCUUCAGUGUGUGGACUACCUGUGUUUUUGCCAUUUGGGUGGGGCGGAGUGUAGUGGAGAUGCUAUUCAGGGAACGCUAACGAAUUGCAACACAGCAAUUUCCCAAAUGGUUUAAGGUUUCUCUGCUUGACUAAAAUGGGAGAACACUAUAGGCUCUCACCAUUUAAGAAAUGAAUUCCCAUCUGUACACUUUAGAAAAAGCUUUAUAGUAUUCCUUACACUUAAGACUUUACUUAAAUAAUUAUAACAAUAUGAGACAUUCUAGCUGUGAAAGUUGAAGUGAUACUUAGUUCUCACAAACGUGGUUUGAGCAGAACUAGAUAAAAGCAAAGUCUUUCCUGCACUGAACUAUAUAGUCCCAGGGAUUUUUGGCCCAAUUGAUAAUAUUUACAUAUAGUUUACAUAUUCCAAACAACAACAACAACAACAGCAAAACACCAGACUCAAAAGAUACAAAUAAAUUAAUCAGCAUUUCCAAUACUGACACAAUCUAGUCUUUUCCCGCUCUAACCAAAUUAAUAUAGGCUUUCAGGCAGUAAAUACAGCAGAAUAAAUGUAGACACAAUUUUCCCGUCUUUUAACAGACCGACCAUUGCUUACACAUUUCA